AUGAUGCCUGUAUCCUGUUCUUGUUCUGGGUACUGUGUGGUCUUUCUUCUCCUGAAAAUAAUGACAUCAACUUCAGAGAAGUUGAUGGUGACCAGUCCCACCAGACACUCAAUGGCUACAGUGGGAGGACAGGCAGAACUCAGCUGCCAGCAGUCCCCACCACAGAGUGCAGAGCACGUGGAAGUGCUCUCGUUCUGGGGAGACCAUUCCAAGACUGUUUAUCCGUACAGUGGGGGCCAUGAAAUGAAUAGAGAAGCUUCCCCAGAGUAUAUGGGUAGCACAGAGGUACUGAAAGAGGCCCUUGGGGAGGGCAAAGUGACCCUCAGAAUUCAUAAUAUCAGUGUUUAUGAUGAGGGGCAAUACCAGUGUUCAUUUAAAGAUAGUGGCUUCUAUGAUGUGGCCAACAUGAACCUGAAAGUGACAGCACUUGGCCUGGAAAUGCAGAUCUAUGUUCAGGCUUCUGGUGCUGAUUGACUCAAGAUGGAGUGUAACUCAGGAGGGUGGUACCCGCAGCCCCAGAUGGAGUGAAGGGACAAUAGGGGAGAAAGAGUUCCACAUUCAUCGAUAUCCUACUCACAGGAUAAAGCCAGAUUAUUUCACAUGAAGAUGACUCUUCUCCUAAGAAAUAAGUCACAGGGCAAUAUGAUUUGCUAUAUUUGCAACCCACUUCCCUAUGAAGGGAAACGAACAAAUAUCAUUCUAGCAGCCUCCAGCACCGUCAGAAUUAGAGUCCCCCAGUAUGACGAAAGCAAAUGUCGCAGCCAGGCUGGCAGCCGUGUGCUAGAGUGGGAAGAGCCGUGGGAAGAGUUAAACCCAGUUUCAAGAGGAGGCAAUUAUAGCUGUCAGUCAGAAAAACCUCAGAGGCUGGAUGACUAUUUGUAA